CGCGCACGCACAGCAACAGCCGUCGCCUCACCAUUCCAUACACAUACACACGCCGUGCGUUUCUCUCUUUCACCCGUCAGUCUUGCACCGCAUGUUCAUAGUGUCGGUUCGUCGACUGUUUUCCGCCGCCUUCUUCUAACGUUUAAUUUUUUUUUAUUUUAAAAUAUUUCAUACAUAUAAAAAUAUUUCACGUUUGUUUUAUAAAUUUAUCGGUGUCUAAUUAGGAUUAUUUAUGUGUGCGUGUGUAUAACAAUUGUGAAAUUUAGUGAGUUCUGUUAUCUUAUUUAAUAUUAAUAUUGUUGUGAUAAACAGUUGUUGGGACGACUGGCACUACUCCGUGUGAAAUAUCAUCGUUUAUUCGAUAAUUAAAGGGAAAACCAGUACCACUGUUGAGAUAAUAUAAUAUAUGUGGUUUGAGAGUUUGUUGUUCCGUCGCGGUCGUUGCAACACGUGGUGCGCGUCCUACAGCUGCUACCCGUCGUCGCGUUGUUGUGGUUUGUGCGUCGCGAUGGUGUCGACCGAUUUGGCCGCACCGCGUUGUUGACGGGACGACGUCGACAGCAACAGCGACGACGACGACGACGACGUGCCGGCAACAGCCGCGGUCGGUCCGACACGGAUGCGUCCGGGAAACGUGGAGUUGCGCACGCCGCGAUCACAUAUCAACCUGCCGCGCGCGCGUCACGCCGGCCGGCGGACCCGCGCAGUGUUUGGUUUGGCGGUUCGGCGGAAGUAGUGGCCACCAAAUGCGAGGCGGCAUUCACGUGUUUUAUGUUCAUGUUCAGGAGGAGGCGGACGGCAUUAGCUAAACGAUUGUGGAAGGCUCGGGUACGUAGGGACAAUGAAACCCGGUGUGCGGAAAAGACUGUUGGCCAGCCGCCGGCCUUGUCGCCCGGUCCAGACUCGGACGAGCGGCAGUUUCGAAACGCGCUUUUCAAGCGUCUCGAUGACCGGCAGCUGGAAACAUUACUCAGGGCCGUGGAUACUGUUGGCGCGGAUGCGGCCGAAUGUGUAGCUGUUAGGCCUUUCCUGUUCGCCGACCCAGCGGUGAUUUGCUGUCGACUGUGGCGGUGGCCUGACCUCAAGUCCGCCGAACAACUAAAGGCUACACCUGCCUGCCAACAACAGUACUCGUCAACUGGAUUACCAGAUUUAGUAUGCUGCAACCCGUACCAUUGGAGUAAACGAUGUGAAAUUGAACGACCUCCGCCACCUUAUUCAAGGUUUAUUAAAGAAAAACUAAAACCCGAAGAUCGGGCUCCGAGUGAAUGCAGCUGGGACAGCAACGACGACGAGCUCCGAGGAUCGUUCAGCACCGACGGCGACGAAAAACCAAAUGAAAAAGAAUGGUGUAAAGUUGCCUAUUGGGAAUUGUCGCAGAGGGUCGGUAGGCUCUAUCCUGUAGACACGAAAUCGGUAAAUGUGUUUUGGAAUGUACCCAUAGGCACGGGGCUUUCUCUUGCUGCUCUUACUCAGCACAAUUAUUCGCCUACCCAACAAACCCCGGAUUCAGUGCUCCGAAAUAGGACCAAAAUCGGACAAGGUCUAGCACUGAGCAGAGAAGACGACGGUGUAUGGGCAUACAAUUUAAGUGAUUGGCCCAUGUUUGUAAACUCACCUACUCUUGAUGAUCCUGACAGCAGGUCAUACUUGGUGUUCCGUGUACCUUCGGGCCACUGUUUAAAUAUAUUUACGGGUAAUCCUCAUGGCGACCGUAUUCGUUAUUCGAAUGGAUUACGUGUAGGACCUGUUGACCCAAAUGCUGUGCGCAUAAGCUUUGCCAAAGGAUGGGGUCCCAAGUAUUCCCGGCAAGAGAUUACUUCUUGUCCUACUUGGAUUGAAGUAUUACUCGACCCAUGCAGAUGACACAAGUGACUGCAAACAAACAUAGUCCGAAAUUAUGAGAUUAAAGUGCUUAACACUGUUACUCUCAAACUAAUAAUAUGUACUUUAGUUUGUAAGGUUAAUUAUUUUUAUUGAAUUUGUGACUCAAACCAAGUUGUGUUGAAAACGCUCGUUUAGGGUUCAUGUUUGUUGAUCUUGUGUGUACAAUUUUUUAUUAUUGUCAACUAGACCUUCGAACAAACUAAAUUAUUGUUUUUUUUUUUUUAAUUUUUGUAAUAACAAAAGGAUACUAUUGUGAUAUUAGUUCAGCGUCCUAUAACGACUGCUCUUUUUGUUAAGGGUACGAUGCUAUUUCAACACGUAAGGGAAACUAGAGCUUAAUGACAUCCACAUUCCAUGAACCAAUCUAUUUUGACAAAUUACCUUUUUCCCUCUCGCCCUGUUAUUACAGGAUUUAUUUGUUCCUCCUCCAUUUAAUGUAAACUAGAAUUUUGUAAUUUUUUUUUUUUUUAAGAUCUAGUCAGGAUGUUUAAAAUUGACUGUUGAUCAAAAUUGGUUUAGGAAUUAUAAUAGAAUAGCAAAUACUAAAUAAUAGUAAUUUAAAUGUAAUAAAAUGAAUAAUUUUUUGGCAAUUUAUUUUUUUCAAAAUUAUGAAUUUUUGUUAGAUUGUAAGAGAAAUAAAUGUGCCUUGUACCUUUUACAUGAAAAGCAUUAUUUUUUUAGAUGUUACCAAUUUAUUACUCCCAUUUUCUUAUUGUAAAAAAAAAAAAAAAAUAUUUUCUUACAUUUAACUAAAUUGUAAACUAAAUAGAAUAUGUUGAAUUGUAUAAAAUAAAUUGUUGAAACAAACACAAACAGGAUUACUACUGCUCAUUUUCCCUUUUGUCAUCAUAAAUAUUAUUUAAAUUUAUAUCGGUUUUAAGCUACUUUAAGUCUGUUCCUGUCCUGUGACUAUUUUGAUAGCAUAUAUAUAUAUAUUGAUACUUUUCACUUUUGUUCGUUUGUUUUUUAAUAUGCGUAUUAUUGUUAUAAAUGAAGUACAUAUUUUUCAAAGUCAUGUAGAUUUAUUUUUACAAAUAAUUAGCCUAUUUUACUUAAUCAAAAUCUUAGUUUUCCAAUACUGUUAUAUUACUUUAUUUAUUUAUUUAUACAAUUAUAAUCUAUUAAAAAUUUACAAAUGUAAAUCAAUUUUGUCAUAUUUUUUUACAAAAAUUUUACAUUAUGAACUUA